UUUUAGUUUAGGCAUUGGGAAUCAAAUACUUUAAAAAUAUUCUAAAAUGUCUUCAGUAAAACUUCUUGUUGUAAAUGCUGAUGAUUUUGGUUAUGGAAAAGAGAGAAAUGUCGGCAUUGUUGAAUGUUUUCUUAAAGGUGCCGUCACAAACACUUCCGUGAUGAUCAAUGCACGUCACACAAGUCAUGCUAUUGCUGAAGCAAAGAAACACAAUAUUCCAUUGGGUUUACACAUGAACUUAACGGAGGGUCAUCCAGUGAGUAAAGCUUCACAGGUUAAGUCUCUACUCAACAAAGAUGGCUGUUUACUGUAUAAAAAUGAAUUCUGGGAAAAGAUGACUCAGGGACGACUUAACAUGGAUGAGGUUAGAAGGGAGAUGAGAGCUCAGGUGGAGUUGUUCAUCAAACUCGCAGGCCACGCUCCGCAGCAUGUUGAUGGUCAUCACCACAUCAAUGUGUUACCUGGAAUUUGUGAAGUGUUUUGUGAAGUUCUGCAUGAGUACAAUAUCAAAACGACUAGACUUCCCAUUGAAGUUGGAUUUGAAGACUGGAUCGUCCAGGAGGAUUCCUCUUACAGCUUUUUAGCAAAGGUCAAUAAAGAAGCAAAAUGUGCAAAAGAGAUCUUUCGUUUGCAUGGAAUUGGAACAUCUGACACAUUCGUUGGCCUGAGUACGAUGGGCAGUGAUAUGACUAUUCCUCGACUGAAGAACGUGUUGUCACAGGCCUUUCAGACACUUGGUGAUGAAACGGAUGAUGACCCCAACACUGAACACCAGCCAACACGGACCUGCGAGCUGAUGGUUCAUCCUGGAUUCAUCACCGGGGACGAUGGAGGCUGUUUAGGAGUAGGACCAGAUGACUUUUCACAGAGCAACGAUCGGGAACACGAAAUGCAAAUACUGCAGUCAGAAGAGAUGAUGGAAUUCUAUAGCAACAAUAAUAUCCAACUUGUGCCUUUCAGCCAUAAAGCUUUUCAUAUAGAGCAGUAAAUUUAUUGUGCCAAAUAUCUAUACUAUAGGUGCAGAAUAUUUUUAGCCAAUUUUUAAGUGCCAUUUCUUACUUGCAAUUUAUCAAAGUUGUUAUCCCAAUUGUUGAACCGUUAUUGGUUGAUAUUUCUCUUGGCAUCACGUAACGCACAUCACUGGUGACGGUUAUUUUCAUUUUUAUAUUUAGUUUUAUUAAGUAUUGUAAAGCCAAAGAAUGUAAAACUACAGUAUUUUUACUUCUUAGUAGUUAAGAUUUAUCUAUUAUUUUAUAUCGGUUGUUGAACCUUUUUCAUUUUUGAUUUAUCACUUGGUGUGAGAGGUAUCAUGUAUCGUCAUCAUGGGUGAUUGUCAUUUUUAUUUUAAUCCUUAAUUUUAUUGUUACAUUAAAUUAUAUUAUCAAAAAGUUGAGAUCAAACUGAAUGUAAAGGAUUAUUUUUAUUUAAAUUUUUAGUUAUUAUUAAUUUUAUUAAAUGUAUCUUACCAGUUGUUGAACCUUUUUUGCUUGGUUUAUCACAUCGCUUGAUAGGCGUCGUCUACCUCACUCAUUGGUGAUUGACAUUUUUAUUUAAUACUUAUUUUUAUUGUUAUAUUAAACUAUAUAGUUAUAUAAUCAAAACGUUGAGAUCAAACUAUUAAAAAUAUAUCUAUUUUAAAGUUAUAUUUUAUUGAUAAUAUUUUUGUUUAAGUCAGCGAACAAUAUAAAACAUUUUGUUUUAUUAGGACAUCACAAAAAAUCAUGCCCGUGAAGUAGAUGAAAACUUGGUGUAUGUGGCCUUUCUACUCUCCCUUGAGCUGAUGGGUGCACUCAUGUGGUGUUGGAACUGGUACUAAAAUGAAAACAAAUGUUGCUGACAAAUUUGCUGUUUUCAUGUAACUCAUCGGUCAUUGGAAUCUAGUCAUAUUGAACACAACUCUGUGUUUACCUAGCAUCCAAGCACAUUAUAAUUUUAUAUAUGCAAAUAUACAUGGGAUCAAUUAAUUUGUAGUUAUUUAUUACAUAUGAACGUAAAAAUUGUGAAAUAUGGCACUGUUGAUAAAGCACUUUCAGUAUGGUUACAAACCACUAUACUUUUGUAAAGCUGUACUAUAUAAAUAUGGAUCAGCUUCAUACAUAGAAAGAUUGCAUUUUUGCAAAAGCACUUUUCAGUGAAAUAACAUACAGAAUAUUAGCAUAGGUAGACCAUCAACAUUGUUAGCUACAGCUAUUUUGUUUGUAAAUAUGUUUCUGGGACCACUUCUAAACUAUAUACAGAAGUGUGAACUGCAUUCUCUCAACAGCAAAAAUGGAAAAAAAUUCCAUUCGACUAUAUUAAGUUACCACACCGACAAAUGGGCAACAUUGGUGUUCUGCCAUAAAGAAAUUAAAUUUGUUUAAUACAUAAUUUCAGAGGAAUUAAAGAUUGUUAACUUACUAAAGGCAGAGUCACACAUUUGCUAUCAUGUGUCAUUUUGAAAACAUUUUAAACAGCUAGUGUUUGUAAAACAGUUAUUUUAUUGAUUUAUGGCUUAUUUGCAUGGCCCAGUGUAUAAUGUAUAUACAGUUGAAUCCCAUUGGCUCGAACCCCGUCGGUGCUCAAGAAAGUGUUCGACCCAUUGAGUAGUUCGGCUGAACCAUUCGGUCAACAUCUGAUAUUUCCGUAACAUCA